AUGAGUUUAACAACAGGAACAACAAUGGGUUUGGGAAAUGUUAUUUCACAGACGAUAAUGGAAAAUCGAACAUUAAAAACUAUUGAUUGGCCUCGUGUUACUCGAUUUGCUGCUUUUGGUUAUUUAGUUUCGGGACCAUUUCUUCGAUAUUGGUAUUACGGAUUAGAUAAAUAUUUUGCUGGUGUUAAAUUAAAACCUGUGAAAAUGAUGAUUACUGAUCAGACUAUUGCCGCACCACUUCUUAAUUUUGCAAUUAUUUGGUAUCUUCCAUUAAUGAGUGGAAAAUCAAUGACUGAAGCGAAAGAACGUUUUCGUCAAGAUUUUCCAACGGUUAUGAAAGCUAAUUAUUUGGCAUGGCCUGCUAUUCAAUUAACGAACUUUUAUUUUAUUCCAAUACAACAUCGUGUUUUGUUUGUUAAUAUAUGUUCAAUAAUUUGGUCAACAUUUCUCGCAUUUGUUACAAAAUGA